CUACUCCUCUUCUCGUUAUUACCGUGGUAAGCACGCGCUCAGAAUCGGUCUCAGUCGGACGUCCUCUCAGCCCUCUGCCGUGAACGCGACGCCAGCCUCCUCCUCACUCCUCCUCACUCCGAAGAGAUUCCGAAGCCAUCAUGAGCAAGGUCGAAGGAUUGGACACCAUCUUGGUCACGGGCGGAGCGGGCUUUGUGGGAUCCCACACCAUUGUGGAACUCCUGAAGGCAGGAUACAAGGUCGUGGUCGUGGACUCCUGCAUCAACUCCCACCCCCCGAAGGAGGGCCGUGACCUGCCGCCCGUCCUCGAGAGGGUGCAGGACCUCACCGGCCAGACCGUGACCUUCCACCACCUGUCGAUCCUGGAUCGCGAGGCGCUCAAGGAUGUCUUUCUCAAGCACAAGGUCGACGCCGUCAUCCACUUCGCGGCGCUGAAGGCUGUUGGCGAGAGCGUGAAGCGCCCCCUCGACUACUACCACAACAACAUUACUGGAACGGCCACGCUCCUGCGGGUCAUGGGCGAGGUCGGCGUGAAGAGGCUCGUGUUCUCCUCGUCGUCCACCGUCUACGGCCCCGCCAAGUACUUCCCGACGGACGAGGAGCACCCGACGGGCCAGGGCGUGACCAACCCCUACGGCAGGAGCAAGUUCGUGUGCGAGGAAAUGAUGAAGGAUUUGGCCAAGGCGGAGGAGGGUUGGCAGCUGGUGCUCCUGCGGUACUUCAACCCCGUGGGCGCGCACCCCUCGGGCGACAUCGGCGAGGACCCCCUGGGCAUCCCCGUCAACCUCAUGCCCUACAUCGCCCAGGUCGCCGUCGGGAGGAGGGAGAGAAUCAACGUGUUCGGGGGCGACUGGGACACGCCCGACCGCACCUGCAUCCGGGACUUCAUGCACGUGAUGGACCUGGCGGAGGGCCACACCGCCGCCCUCACCAAGUUCGGCGACCCGGCCUUCAGCGGCGCCAAGCCCUUCAACCUGGGCCGCGGGAAGGGCGUGUCCGUCCUCGAGAUGAUCGCCGCCUUCAGCAG